GCGGCGCUGGGGGCCGGGCUCACCUGGGCCCCGCCCCGUGCCCGCGGCCGGUCGGCGGGCAGAGCGCUGCGCGGAGGAGGGCUGCGGCCAGCGCCAGCAUGUCGGCCGGGCCGGGCCCGCUCUCUCCGCCCGCGCCCAGCCCCGCCGUGGCCUUCCCGGCGCCCAGGAUCACCCUGCCCGUGGGCACGCACAUCCUCAGGACCUAUUCGGGAGCCUUCGUCUGCCUGGAGAUCCUAUUUGGAGGGCUCGUCUGGAUUCUGGUAGCUUCCUCCAACGUUCCUCUCCCUCUGCUCCAAGGAUGGGUGAUGUUUGUGGCAGUGACGUCCUUCUUCUUUUCCCUUCUCUUCCUGGGCUUGUUUCUCUCGGGCGUGGUGACUCGAAUUGAUGCCAACUGGAACUUCCUGGAUUUUGGUUAUCAUUUUAUUGUAUUCGUCUUUUAUUUUGGAGCCUUUUUAUUGGAAGCUGCAGCUACAUCUCUGCAUAAUUUGCAAUGCAAUGGCACCCAGAGCCCUCUGGAUCCUAACCAGUAUAAUGUCAAUGUAGCUGCUUCGAUUUUUGCCUUCGUGACGACAGUGUGUUAUGGUUGCAGCUUGGGUCUGGCUCUCCGAAGAUGGCGGCCGUAACUCCCCCUCCACCCCCUUUCACAACACCUGGGGCCUGGUUUAGUGUAUAUACUUUGGGGUAGGAUCAAUUUCGAUACCAUUUGUCUAUCAAGCUCAUGUUAUUCCCCAAAUUUAAAUUGUGAACUGAGAAAAGCUAGUUGAAAAGUUUCUCAAGUGAAUUUUUGCCAUCCUAUUACAGGCUGAAUUUGUAUUUUAAAAAUAUUUUGAAUGGAGGAAGGGUCUUUUAUCUCCUCUUGUAAAUUCUACAUUAGAAGUGGCAUCUUAGUCUUUGGAAAUCACACUUUUACAUUCAGAAGGUCCAUAGAUCACCCCCACCUCCCACGCCGCCCCACACAAAAAAAGGUUGGGGUUUCAGCAGGCACAAAAUGAUUCUUCUCGUAAAUUAGCUGGAACUUUGAUAGGUGGAUUUUCCCCGAGAGCAUGCCAUUUUGCCUUGACAUUUUAUGAGAGGAACAUCUGUCUAUAUGUGGCUUUGACAUUUUACAGGGCCUGGCGAUCUGAAGUGAGAGCAAUAAGGGGAUCCUGUUUUGGAAGUAUGCUACCGGGAUCUGACCACUGUCACCAUCUGGGUCCUGGAAAUGGACUCGAUGGUCAGUCAAUCAGUGGCAUUUAUUGAGCGCUUCCUAUGUGCAGAGCACUGUAUGAAGUGCUUUGAAGAGUCCAG